AUAAGACACGGUAUGUAGAUAUUAGGUAUAUAGGCGGAAUCGUUGAAGAGUUUACGAUGAAAGUAGGGCAUUGGUGGCUCGCGGGGUCGAUUCGUUCAAUUCGGUACCGCGAAUCAAUAUAUCACACUGGCAGUCGUUCGCAACUCUAUAUACCUUAAACUAGCUCCUGAUCGUCCUUGUCUCUUAUUGUUAUCCCUUACCGCUAUGCAGUUAUGCGUCUUCAAUCAUCAAAGGUGCAAACCGAGUCGGAGGAAUCCCCGAACUUGAGCACAUCGAGAGAGAAAAAAAAACCUAAUACGGGAAACAUUGUUCGCCAAACCCACGUGGUUGCACAUCGAAAGAUAUCGACGCAGGUACGACGGGUUGAGACGUCGAGGGCAAUAUUCUUGGUGCCGAUCUGAUUUAAGCUAUAUAAAAAGUGCAGCGGCGCGUCGUACUUACGACGUGAUGGGCGGAUGGCCCCUAGGGGUAAUUUCUGUCGUAGGUCUGAUCCUGAACGCGUACGUUCUUUUAGUCGUGAUAUUGACGCGGCAGACUCGGACCCCAGCGAGCGCCGUAACGCCAGCAACGACAGUGCUCCUUGUUCACCUAGGCGCUGUCGAAGUUAUCCUCUGCAUUGUGGUACUCGCUGCAUCAUCAACAAACGAAAUAUCUUGCGUUUUACACGGUUUUAUACUCGCCCUUCUUCACCCCGUUGCCUUGUGGACGGUGACUGGACUGAACUGCGACAGAUACUGUGCGAUAGCUGCUCCUCUUCACUACGCGGGUUUGGUAUCUCCAAAAAGAGUUGCAUUCGGCCUCGCUGCCGCCUGGUCGGGGGUGCUUCUCCUCUGCCUUCCACCCCUCUGUGGUCUCGCGCCUCCCUACAGAUACAAUCCGGGUCUGGGCUGGUGCGUUCCGGAUUUGGGUGCCGUUGGUUGGGGGGCUUUAGCGAGUUGGUACGGAGCGACGUACGCUUCCCUCGGCCUCGCCCUUCCAGCAGCUUUGGUGACCGCUUGCAAUCUCCGCGUUCUCGGGAUCGCUCGUUAUCACAGACAUCGUAUAGCCAGUGCCAUUUACCAAGUCACCCUGAGCGCUCAGGUUACGAUUACUCAUCAAAGAAAUCCAUUCUCUCUUGUACCCGCCACAACAUGCCCAGGCAACGUCGUCGGACCCCCCAGACUACGAAGUCCCGCAACCUGCACGGUGGUUCAACUUUUGGGAUCAAUGUAUGCAAUGUAUCUACCCUACUGCGGUCUACUUGCUUGGAGAGUUUGUCUUGGGAUGGAACCUUCCUCGUUGAAUCCCCCGCCGCAGGUCGAGACUUUGGCAGCGACACUUUUGGCCUGCUCUGCCCCCAUAAACGGUCUACUUUACGGCUUAAAGUCCCAAACUCUCAGAAGUUCCGUUAAAAAUUAUUUUCGCAAAAAAGCGACCGAGUCGGAACUGCAUCAGGAAAUUCAGGCGCGUAUACCGAGCGUCGCGGGUUCCCGACGUCCUUCAGGAACUCCGACGGGUGGAGGGGUUCAAUUUUCGAUGCUACCGACGCAAAGAUGCCUCAGCGAAGUUAUACUGCCAUCGGAAGAACGACGUCCUUCGGGACUCCGAACUGUCGCCUCAUGCAAUACUCUAGGAGCGCCGCAUAAUAUUUCAAGAAUUCCAGCCCCUGACAGAAGUGAACUCGCGAUUGAAAAUAGGCACCGGAUUCCAAUCGCGAGAACUGAAAGUGGAGAUUCCCUCUUGCGGAAUCAGGAUAGGAAUUAUUAUUCACCGACGAACGUAUCGAGUCCGAGAUCCACAAAAUUACGAGGAACGCGCUGCUCCGAAACUUGAGAAAGAAUUACAAGUGCAGAAAAAGAAUUUCAAUGACGAUCGUAACAGGGGGGAAAUUAUCCGUUGUUUUAGGGGCACUCUUUGCAGUCGGUGAAAAGAGGAUCGAAGAGAAAAAUGGUUCGGACGAACGAAAGUACGCGUUUUGUAUUAAUACUAUCGACAUGACGUAGAAAAAUAUACAUAAUAAUUGAUACACAGUGACAGAUGAUAGGAAUAUAUCAGUCGUAAAUCGCGUAAUAACGUCUGUAUAUGUGUACCCGAAAAAAAUCAGGUAACACGAAGACGAUCGGUGAUUACAUAAUCGUCAAUCACCGGUAUAGACAGAUUUCGCGAGAUUAUUUUUCUACACUAUAACUAUAUUAUAAUGAUAAACGGCGACGUUACGCAACCAUCAGUAUUAUAAUAUGUUAUACAAUAGUUAUAUACACUGUUAUACACCGCGGGUAUAGUUUACGUUAAAAUAGGUAUUUACAUAUACAACAGUAGCUGCGUGUACUAAAUAUUAGGUUUAUUUUUUUAGCUCGCGGAAUUCUUGAAUUAUAAAAGAGGCUGGCCCUUCAAGAGUCGAAAAUUUCCACGUGCAAUGAGGGGAAUAUCGUAUUAGGAAUGUGUUACAGCAUAUUGUAUAUUCACCGAGGCUGGGCUGCAGGUAUACACGGUAAAAUAAUGUAAGAUGGAUAAGGAUUAUUGUGCGUGAACCCUGCAUCGUGUAAGAGUAGAGAACUGUGUAGCAUCAUAGAUAUAUCUAUGGUAGCAUAUAGAAAAAAUGCAUGUUGUUUGAGAUGUACGUUGAACCGAAAUCGGGGAAACUUUUAUUGCUGUGCUACUGCUGCUAACUGUGCAGGUACCUGGUGUGUAGCGUAUAGGGAUAUAGUAAGAUUUAUGUUAGGGGCGAGAGACAAUUACAACAACCACUAUAGAAACGGUUAUACAUACUAUGCAUUAUUCACUGUAAAUUGAAAUUAGAUGACUGACCGUCGUCACGACGACUGAAAACUGAAUAUACAAAAUAAUUAUACAA